CGAAAAAUCGGUUGUGUUCGAUGUGUUUUGUUUCUGUGAAUUCAUUUUUGGAGAACCGCUCCGAAGCCACCAAGCGCACAACAUGGACAACAAUAAACAGGGCAACGCGAUCGGAACCAUGAUGGACCGGCUGCUCGAUCUGGUCAAAAAGGACCUCCAGGUGAAAACCACAAUGGCGGCGUUCCGCGACUUUGUCCUCGAGCAGGACGAGGAGCUCCUGAGCAAUGUCGAGGAACCGGUUAAGAGUAACGCGAAGGCGGCCCACUUCCGGCAGGAAGGGAACCAUCUUUAUUUGGUCAAACGGUACGAGAAGGCGCUGGAGAAGUACAACGAAAGUAUCUGCUACGCGGAGGCCGGUUCCGAUCAGUUGGCCAUGGGAUACGCAAAUCGGUCGGCGAUUUACUUCGAGCAGGGGGAGUACGAGUUUGCGCUGUUCAACAUCCGGCUUGCUCGGGAUCACAACUAUCCGGAGAAGCUGACGGCGAAGCUGGACGCAAGAGAGAAGAACUGCCGAAAGAAAAUCGACGAAGGUCUCGCGAAGGACAACGUGCCCUGUCCACGGUUGGGCAUUAAUGUCGAGGUCAAUCCGAAAAUUCCUUUUCUGGCCAAAGGAAUUGGCAUGAAGCACUAUUCGGGAAGCGGACGUGGAUUGGUCGCGGAGAGGAACUUCAAGGCGGGUGACGUCAUCCUGGACGAAAAGACCAUUCUCAGCGUGGUGUCCGUCGCAAACAGGUACCUCAACUGUAGUCACUGCGGCAUUUCGAACCAGCACAGCUUGAUUCCGUGUCCGAACUGUGUCCACUGCAUGUACUGCAGUGAGGAAUGUCUCGCCGAGGACAAACCACUUCACCGCUUCGAGUGCGGCUUCGGUGCCCAGAUCGGGAACGUUACGUUCAACUGCUCCAACAUGGGUCACAAACUGUUCUUCUACGGAUUGAAGUUGUUCAAGGACGAUUUGAACCAGAUGAUGAACUAUUGCGAGAAGAACGCAAACACCGGAGCGGAUCCUUUCACGCUGGACUACAGAAAGUACGACCCACUGGAAGAGUUCAAGCACUUCAUGAAAUCCAAGCUGACCUGCAAUCCGUUGGUCGAGUACACAUUCAAGCUGUGCGCCGCCGCAGCCUACGUUGUCCUGAUGAAGCAACCUUCGAUCCGUUCGCUUUUUCCGUCCAAAUCGCAGAAACAAUUCUUCCUCAACUGCCUCUACAGUUGCCAACGCGUGGCGGCUUACUACGCGUGGGAUAACAACACACCAACGGGAAUAAUCGCGGCCGGACUAACUUACACCGCAAAGGUGAUCAACCACUCGUGCGAUCCAAACGCCAUGGCGUUCUACGACGCCGACCGUGUCAAGUGCAUCCUCAUCCGGCCCGUCCGCAAGGGCGAGCAAAUCACGUACAGUCUCGGCCCGGCCUGGUUCAACCCCGGUGGCCAGUCAGUGUCCGAGCUGAGCUUCAAGUGCCGCUGCCCGGUUUGUCGCUACGGAAGUACCCAGGAGUGGAUGAGCUUGGGAAAGCCACUCCCGCCGAAUGCCGGGAACGACCUGAGCAUGUGCAUGGCGGUGCUGAUCAGCGAUACCGGCAACGACGCCGCCAAGCUGAACGCGUUCCAGCAGAUCAUCCAACGGUACGAUGCGUUCUUGCCGAACAUGGACUUGAGCCUGCACCUGCGGAUCUACACUGAAAAGUUGAAGGAUGCCAUCGUCAACGAGAACGUGAAGCUGAACCGGGCCAAGGUUGCGGCCGCCGUCCUUUGAAUGAGCUUCGGGGCAUUUUGUUAUUUUGAUUUUUUUAAGAUUUUGGAUUUUUUGACGAUUUCUUUCACUAACUCUGUGGUUUCGAAUAAAUAAGGAAGCAUUUAAAAUAA